GAUUAAUUUUCUGUGUCGUGGAUUCGACUUCAUGUACCUUUCCAACGACAUCAUUACGUUCCUUGAUCCCUUGAUCUCUUCCACUUCCAGACUCCAUGCUGACCGUGCCUCAUUCUUGCGCAAGACUCCGAGGUCGUUUGAGCAGCUGGUAGCCAGCUGUGGUAUCCAUGCAACGGAGGACUAGGUCAUAUGGCAGCUUCGUUGCACCAAGUCCAAUCGUCCCAACCUGCCGAAUCAAGUUCCAGCACAUCCCGCACGGGACAUUUCACCAUGUCGCCCCUCUCACAGGAAUUCCGGGCAGAGAGUCCCUCCCUGAUACCCAGCGAAUCGAAGAACGACCAGAUGACCGAUUUCUUGAAGUAUAUUGAGACUCCAAGCGGCGCCACGCAGUCAACGGGGGCUCGAGAUAUAUUCAAGGCCGGUCAAAGACGUCUCCGGCAAUUUGCCCAACGGCCCCGAAAGAACCUAGACCCCAAAUCUAAGGCCGAAGAGACGGCCCGUCAGCUGAUGGCGCUACAGGAGGGCGGAUUUCUGCCGCCGCAUGUUUCCCUGUCGCCUAAAAUCGGCCCCAAGUCAUCUCAGAAGAAAAGCUUGGAUUCGAGCCGCUCCUCGGCCAGAUCCAUCUCGAAUCUCAGCUUCAAGUCCACUUCCCGCAGAGACGUCGAAAGCAUCGGACAGCCCUGGCUGACAGAUUCUCUGGAGAAGAAACAUAAGCCUGAGCCCCAAGCAAGUCACCUCUCUUCGCUGAAUCUGCAAGAGCUGACUUCGCUGGUGGAAGCGGCGGUGUCAGGCCCUGCGCAGCCGGAUGACGUCGACCCUCCUCCUUAUCGGCAAGCUGAAAUUCCCGAGAGCGUCUUAAGGGCGAACCAGAGUCAAAAAGAAUCAUCGCAUGAGCCCUCAAACCAGACUAAGCGCCGUAUGGAUUGUAUCAAAGAGGGAGGUACAGCGGCCAGCGGGCCGGGUUCAGGAGUAUCUGUGCCAUGUCCGACGGUAAAUUCGGGCAAAAGAGCGAAGUCCAACCGAGACGAGUUCCAAUCCACAAAGAACCAGGAUACAGAUUCUCCCCGGUCUAGCACAGAAUCCAAAGCCUCGAGGCCUGGACCAGCGUCAACUGAUACACAAAACGCCUCGGCUCAGCCGCCGCCAUCGUUGAAACUGUUUCCUGAUACACUGCCUUCGCGAGUGUCUAGUAAAGGAGCUUGGCGCAUAUCAACUGGACGGCUACAAGGACCGAGCGUGUCUCUCCCUCUUUCGCCCGGGCAACAGGCUAUGGUUGAAACGGGAGCAGGAUGCACUGAAAUGGAAACAGAUGCUGCAAUCAAAGAACAACAGUCUAAUGUGACUCAAAACAAUCCUAACAAGGAGGCACCGGGAGAGCCGGAGGGAGAAGGUGUGGAGAGUUCGAAAAGUGAGCUGCCCAAAAAAACUUGUCGCCGGCCCUCUUCCUUGCCCAUGUGCGCCAUCGAUGCAUUUCCUCUUCCAGCACCCAUGCGUCCUUUGCCUUCAUUACCGGAACUAAGCCCUGCUGUUACUGUUCAUGAGAGGAAUGUCUCUGCCCAGCCUGCGUCCACAAGAUUAAUGUUAAACGGCGGCAAACGUCCAACCCUCGAGACGAAAGAUAAAUCGGCGGGAGUCUCGUCAAGUAUGCCUGAGCCCAGUUCUCUGGUGCGUACUGGACCAACACGCGCGGAGAGGCUCAUGUCGCAGAAGCGUGAUGCGAGCACAGUCCGUCUUUAUCUGAAUGGCCUUGAACCUUCCCAAGAAGGAAAUGAGGAGGAAGAGCGACCUUCUCGAGCUUUGACGCCAGAUAUAGAGGGCUCAAAAAAUGGCGGCGACAUGGCGGAUGCUCCCAAACGCGUCGACGACCAGCUGAAUAGUAAUAAACGGUGUCAGCGUAUACUGGCUUCGGAGCCUCCCUCGCCACCACCACUGUCUCCCCCGCCAAUGAACCCAGCGAGACACUCCACUGGUCAGACUGGUGGGCGACAGUUUCGGUCGGCUUCGAAGAGAUUGAACUCGCCCUUGCCAGAAGAUCUCGAUUCGCGAACAAGGUUGAACACUGCAGAUGGGGUGCAGCGAAGCGGCAGCGUGCGCAGCUCAAGCACCCAAGACCGGUUGGCAAAAGAGAAAAGCCUCAAGGUUGGCUCUGAAUCCCCCCUGCCAUCGUCUGAUGACGACUGUACCGGUGGCAGUAGACGGAGUCGACCCACUACAGGGCGGCGUCGUCGUCCCAGACCAACGUCUCUGACUUUCAGAGAGCAAGCAACAAGCCGACCUCGCUCGGCUAAGAAGUCACUGUCGGGACACAAGAUCCCACUGACUCCGAGAGAUUACCGACCACACAGUCUUGAAGGCUACUCCCCGGACUCGUACUACUCGCAAAGCACCAACCAGUCACGGAAUUCACAGAACACCAGGCAGUCCGCCCAAAUCAUUGAAGCCCUGGAGGAGCGCAUCACGCAUCUCGAGCGACAGAACAAGAUUCUUCAGGCCGCACUCCUAGCCGCACUCGAUGUCGGCACCAAGCAAAGUCUGGAGAGUGUGCUGGGCGGGUUGACGACGCCCCCGGCGACGGCGACGGUGACUUUAGGCACGGGGCGGUCGUUCUCGUCGGAGACCAGUACCUCGGCAUCGACAACGCACCGGAAGCAAUACCUGCGGAGGAGCAAGAAACCACCUUUCAGGCCGGAAAGCUGGAUUGCUAGUCCCGGCUCGAGCCGGCGAGGCAGUUACGAGACGGAUGAUGUGCAGGAACUCGAAGAUAUGAUUGAGGACCUGGACUUGGAGUGGAUGUCGGAGAAGUCGGAGGAUUAGGUGAUCGUGGUUGCCGCCAGGACUGCGCAUGGUUUAUGCGGACUGGC